CAAACACGCUCAGCAGCAUUUUGCCAGCUUCUCAUUCAUCUCUGUUUCUCUCUCUCUGUUUCUCUCUCUCAGAAAGAAAGGAACCCCCCAAGCAGCCUACUAGGAGAUGAACUAAUGCAUACCCAACUCGUUUGUUUUCCUCUCUUUCUCUCGCUUGUAUUUUUUUCUUUCUUGGGCUUAGUUCAAAAACUCUAACAGCAAAAAUCUCUCCGUCUUUCUCUCUUGUUUGGUUCACAUCAAAACCCAGUUCAAAAGCACAAAAAAGUAGAAGAAAGGAAAGAAAGAAAGUAGAAUAGUAGUAAAAAUCAAAACUUUGCCUAGGAAAUGGUGCAGUAUCAUCGUUAUCACCCCCAGUGGAGAAAAGGCGACAAACGUAUGGAAGAAGAUGAGGAGUCUCAAGCCCUUAUCAUGGAGUGUGGAAGCUCCGGUUGUUACAUCAAGAGAACCAGGCCCAAGCUUAUCUCUCUCUUGUUUCUCUCUGUUCUCUGUUGUUGCUUUAUAUUGGCCCCUCAUCUCUUCUGCCCUGGUUCAACUUUCCCUCUCUUCUAUUCAUUUGGAGUAGAACAAGAAAGCCCAGUUGCUAAUACGGAUGCAAAUACUCCUCUGUGUUCUUCAAUCUCUAAUGGAACUAUAUGUUGUGAUAGAAGCAGUAUUCGUUCUGAUGUUUGUGUCAUGAAAGGGGAUGUAAGAACACACCCUACUUCCUCUUCGGUAUUCCUUUACAUCUCAAGAGACACAAAGGGUUUCAUUGAUUACGGUGAAGAAGAGGGAGACGAGGAACUCCAACACGAAAAGAUCAAACCGUAUACGCGAAAAUGGGAAACAAGUGUCAUGGACAGCAUUGAUGAAUUAGACCUUAUUGCAAAGAAAGUGCAUUCUGGUAUCAACCACCAUUGCGAUGUCUGGCAUGAUGUUCCGGCUGUGUUCUUCUCAACGGGAGGAUAUACAGGUAAUGUUUAUCAUGAAUUCAACGAUGGGAUUCUGCCACUAUACAUUACUUCACAGCAUUUCAACAAGAAGGUUGUGCUUGUCAUUCUUGAAUAUCAUAGCUGGUGGAUUAUGAAGUAUGGAGAUGUACUUUCUGAACUCUCGGAUUAUCCAGCAAUAGAUUUUAGUGGGGACAAGAGAGCUCAUUGCUUCCCAGAAGCCAUUAUUGGUCUGAGAAUCCAUGAUGAGCUCACUGUGGAUUCUUCUUUGAUGGAGGGGAAUAAGGGCAUUGCUGAUUUUCGAAAUCUUUUAGACCGAGCUUACUGGCCUCGAAUUACGAGUUUGAUCCAAGGUGAGGAGCAAGAAGCGCGAGAGAAAUCGGGACAGAAGCUUUCUUUGUUCCCAACAUCAGAACCCUUGAUGAAAAUGGAAAAGGAAGUUCAAGAGUUUCAAUUAGAGAAGCCUAAACUAGUAAUUUUAUCUCGAAAUGGGUCUAGAGGGAUAACUAAUGAGAAUCUAUUGGUGAAAACGGCGGAGGAAGUCGGUUUCCGAGUCAAUGUGUUGAGGCCUGACCGAACAACAGAAUUGGCAAAGAUUUAUAGGGCUCUUAAUUCAAGCGAUGCCAUGAUUGGUGUCCAUGGGGCAGCCAUGACCCAUUUUCUCUUUAUGAGACCUGGCUGUGUGUUUAUUCAAGUUAUCCCCCUUGGAACUAUAUGGGCAGCAGAGACGUAUUAUGGGGAACCUGCAAGAAAGCUUGGUUUGAAGUACAUUGGGUAUGAAAUUGUUCCUAAAGAGAGCUCACUGUAUGAGGAAUAUGAUAAAAAUGAUCCUGUUCUUAGAGACCCAAAUAGCGUGAAUGAAAAGGGAUGGCAAUACACAAAGAGUAUCUAUCUUGAAGGCCAAAAUGUGAGACUAGACCUCAGAAGAUUUAGGAAGCGGUUGGUUCGUGCUUAUGACUACCACAUUUCUAAAAUGAUCAAGCGGCGUGUUCAACUCCAAUCACAGUGAUUUGUUACUGUUUCACAUGGUUUAAUCUGUUGUCCUUCACUCUUAUCAUUGAUUCUGUUGAAAGUUUUAGAUUUGUAUAAGCAGGAAAUGAGAAAUAGGCAAAAUUCUUUGUAUAGAUUAUUGAGAUGUGCAUAAGGGAAGCUUUUUUAAUGUAAAAUUUUAGCAUGCCUAAAACAACAGUUCAUUCUUUUCUUUUUUUUUUUGUAUAAAUUUGGAUUACUUAAAUGUAUUGAACAUGGGUUUUCUCAA